AUGUCUGUUCAUAUCUAUCUAUCUAUCUAUCUAUCUAUCUAUCUAUCUAUCUAUCUAUCUAUCUGUCUGUCUGUCUUUCUCAAUAUUUUCUAUCUAUCUAUCUAUCUAUCUAUCUAUCUAUCUAUCUAUCUAUCUCAUUCUGUUCAUAUCUAUCUAUCUAUCCCAGUCUGUUCGCACAUAAUUUAUUUUUAUUUUAUUUAUAUUUGUCUCUCAGAUAUUUUCUCUCUAUCUAUCUAUCUAUCUAUCUAUCUCAUUCUCUUCAUAUCUAUCUCAAAUAUAUUUGUCUGUCAAACCUUUUCUUUCUUUAUUUCUUUAUUUCUUUCUUUCUUUCUUUCCGUUUUAGUCUGUUCAUAUUUAUCUUUCUUAUUUUUUUUCAUAUCUAUCUAUCUAUCUAUCUAUCUAUCUAUCUAUCUAUCUAUCUAUCUAUCUCGGCUAUCUAUCUAUCUAUCUAUCUAUCUAUCUAUCUAUCUAACGAACGUUUCCCUGCGUGUCUUUAUGUCUAUCUCAACCAUUUUAAGAAAAAACAAAGAAAUAUAUUUUCCUCUCAUCUGUUCACACCUAUCUAUUUAUCUAUCUAUCUAUCACAUUCUGUUCAUAUCUAUCUAUCGAUCCAUCUAUUUCAUUAGGUUAACAUUUCUCUAUCUCAUCCUGUUUACAUCUAUCAAUCUAUCGACUGAUCUAUUUAUACUGUUCAUAUCUAUCUCAUUUUGUUCACAUCUAUCUAUCUAUCUGUCUAUCUAUCUAUCUAUCUAUCUAUCUAUCUAA